AUGGCGACCUUUUUCCAGAGUGUUCGCCAAGGAUUUGGCAGAGGAGGUAACAACAAAAACAACACCAACAACAACACCAACAACAACGCGGCUCCCAAGUCUCCAGCUCCACUGCCUGUCGCUCAAGCUCCCCAGAUUUCGCCUGCUCCUAACUCUCCGUCUCUCGGUUCACCGCUGCCAAUGGACAGCCCCGCCGCAUACGAUCCCGAUGCACCCAAAUAUUUCUUUCAGGAGAAGUACGCCCCUCUGAACGUAAGGGGUAACUUCUUAACUCUCUGUGCCUGUCCGAAGAAUGUGGAGCUGGGAGAAUGGUUGGCCCAUCAGAUUGUCGAGCAGUACCGUUUGCUUCAUGCGAUGCUGCAGGUAAUCCAAGAGGUCAAUGGUGCUACUGGCCUUUCUAUUUGCAAUGAGGCCACCUGCCCAACCAUGUCUGCGGGACGUCUGACUUACACGUGGCUUGUGGACGGUCGUGCCGCCAAGAUCUCGGCUCCCAAGUUCAUUAAUCGUGUCGAGAAGUGGAUCAUCAGCAAGAUCCAUGAUCCCGUCAUGUUCCCAACGGAAAAGGUGGUUAAUGCCCCAGAUACCUUUGCCAUCAAUGAGGCCUCCGGUGCUGCCCCAUCCAACCCUCCGGCGAAUGCUACAGCAGAGGAGUGGAUUGGCAAGUCCAGUGGCUUCCCGCCGACUUUCUACAAGGACUGUCAGGGUAUCAUGAAACAGAUGUUCCGUUGCUACGCCCAUCUCUACCAUGCUCACUGGCUGAACCCUUUCUGGCAUAUCAACAAACAUGACAUCCUCAACAUGGCGUUCGUCCAUUUCGUGACCGUCGCCAAAUACUAUAAGCUCGUUUCCGACAAGGAGAUGGAGCCCAUGCAGCCCCUUAUCGACCUAUUUAUCAAGCAACAGCGCAUUCCGCCAGAGGCAGUUGGGGGCGGACACUGGGCGCAGCAAACAUCUAGCUGA